GAGCACAUCGACACGCGCGCGCGCGGCGUCGCGGCGGCCGGCGGGCGCGGCGCGGCCGUCUCGCUCGAGCUGCACGACGUGCGGCUGUGCCCGCUCGUCCACAUCGGCGCGGCGCUCUCGCCGACGCCGGGCGACGCCGCGCGCGAGUCGGUCGUCGCGGCGGACCGCUGGGACUUUGGCGCGUGGGCGCAUGUGCUGCGCGCGCCGCGGCGCACGCCGCCGCUGCACCAGCUCGAGCGCGGCACCGAGAUGCUGCAUGUGCCGGCGCUGCAGGCCACCGUCGAGGUCCGCGCGCAUGCGCCGCAGGUGCACGUCGACGCGACGGCGACGGGCCCCGUCGUGCUGCGCGUCGCGCUGACGCACACGUACUGCGUGCUCAUGGCCGUGCACACGGUGCACAUGCUGCGCCAGGCCCUGCCGCGCGCGGAGCCGCGCGCAGCAGAGGGCCCCGCGUGCGAGCUGCACCUCGCCGCGCUCGUGCCGCUCGUGCACUGGCACAUGGACCUGCCGAACGAGCGCCGCGUGUUUGCGCAUGUGCACGGCGUGCGCGUGCGCGUGCGCGAGGGCGUGCGCGUGUCGCUGGCGACGCUCAUUGCGUGCGUGCCGAGCCAGGUGGCGCCGCCCGCGUGGGAGGAGGGCGUCGUGCUGCGGCGCCUCGCCGUGUCGUGGGGCGAGCAGCGCGCGGCGCCGCGUACGAUCUUCGUCACGGGCGACUGCCUGCAGGUGCGCGCGCCGUACGCGUACCACACGCACCGCCUGAUCGAGGGCUCGAUCGUGGCGUUCAAGGCGUCGAAGCAGCUCUUCUUCCAGAUCGUGCACGGGCGCACCGACAGCGUGAUCUACCCGCACGCGGAGGCGCCGAAGCGCGUGCCGCCCGUCUCGGUGCGCUUCGGCGUCGCGGUGCUCGAGGCGGCCGACCACAGCCUCGACGCGACGCUGAACCUCAUCUUCCGCGCGGGGCUCGACGAGCAGCUCAUGCGCCUCGAGCGCGACCGCCUGUUCGACGCGCGCGCGCAGAAGGCCGGCGCGGGCGUGCCGCCUGGCGCGCGCGCGCGCCUCGAUGCGGUGCACUCGUCGAACUGGGUGCGCCGCUGGCACAACGCGCGGCAUGUGCGCGCGCACCGCGAGCGCUCGCUGCUCUCGUACAUCCACCGGCGCGUGUACGACGCGCGCGAGAGCGCGGACGCGGCGCUGCCGAUCGACGUGCUCCCGCGCCCGAUGGAGCCGCCGCUCGUGCGCCUGACGAUGACGAACCUGUGCGUCGACGUCUCGGCGCCGGUCGGCUUUGACCUCGCGGACACGCACCACUGGCUGCACACGCAGGCGGGCAACCCGGUGGACCUCGCGUACACGACGCUCGUCCCGCUGCAUGUGCGGUGGCGCGCGUCCGACGGCCUGCUGCGCCUGCGCGACUACCCCGUGCCGCUGCUGCACAUCCCGCCGCGCAGCGACCUGGCGCCGAGCUUCGAGGCCGAGGGCGACGUGUGCGUCGCCGAGCAGCUGGGCGACGAGUACUCGGUGCGCCACAUCCACACGGUCAUCGUGCCCGCGCUCGACGGCGCGCAGGACGCCGAGCACGGGCUGCUCGUGCCGAAGAGCACGAUGAGCCCGAAGCUGUACGGGCCCGUCACCGUGCACGUCGCGUCCGAGCACCCGACGCAGUUCGGGUGGAGCCAGUCGAUCCAGCCGGGCCUGCAGGACCUGCAGCGCGUGUUCGACAGCAUCACGAGCCCGCCGCACGACCCGUCGCCGAAGCCGGGCCCCUGGGACAAGCUGCCGCUGCAGCUGCAGGGCCGCCUGCACAUCUUCUUCGACAGCGACGUGCACCUGCUCAUGAAGGGCACGCGCGACCCGUACGACGUGCUGCACGCGGGCGCCGGCUGGGUCCUCGCGUGGCGCAAGCACGUCGAGCUGCGCCUCGGCUUCGACAACGCGGACCGCGAAUUCCUGCAGGUGCGCAGCGGCGAGCAUGUGCUCGCCGUGCCGGACCUGCGGCACCUCGUCGACCCCGCGGCCGUCGGCCUGUACGACGUCGAGCGCGGCCAGCGCGUGCGCGCGCGCGCGGUGCUCACGCGCACGGACGUCGGGCCGCCGAUCCCCCUCGCCAAGAUCAGCUGGCAGCUCGCCGGCGGCGUGCGCUGGGGCAUGGGCCUCGUCUCCGAGCACACGUGCACGGACGCGACGUGCGAGCGCACGCCGCGGUGCGAGGGCCCGCCGUUCCACCGCCAGUGCCGCUUCUUCGGGCGCAAGCCGCACUGGCAGGUGCGCAUGCGCUCGUUCGAGGGCUACGCGCGCCUGCCCCGCGACGCGCAGGUCGACUCGUACGGCGGCUGGCGCUCCGACUUUGUGCACCUGUCCGUGUCGCUGCAGGCGAUCGGCGACGGCGACCUGCAGGUCGGCGCGCCGCACGGCGCCGCGCGCAACAGCCUGUACAUCACGUCGCGCACGUGGCACCACUUCCGCGACUGGCUCCGCCUGUUCAACGGGCGGCUCAGCCUGCCCGUCCGGCAGGGCCGCGUGUUCCCCGCGCGCCCCGGCGUCAAGUCGCCCAAGUUCGGGCGUUUCCUCGGCACGUUCAAGUACCGCUUCUCGAUCGCGCCGCUCCACGUGUCCCACAUGUUCCUCCAGCCGCUGCGCUACGACCUGCUCGAGGGCCUCCGCACGCACGUCGGCCUCAAGGCGCAGUGCAGCACGUUCUACCUCGACAUGCACCAGCGCAUGCAGGAGACCGUGCACCGCCCGCCCGUCCCCGGCGCCCAGCCCACGCGCUCGUGGCGCAAGCCGCUGUACGAGGCCGAGCUCGACGUGAGCGACCUCGAGCUCUUCAGCGUGUGCGCGCGCUUCCCCGAACUCCACGGGCGCCUGCCCAUCGACGCAGGCUCGCAGCUCCGCUACGACCUCCUCGACGACGUCUUCCGCCGCGGCCACGACGCCACGCACUACGCCGCGCUCUACGACCGCCUCGACUUUGAGGAGCUCGGCGCGCGGCCGCUCGGUGGCGCGGCGCCGCGCCUGCACUUCGACAAGGUCCUGUCGCUCGUGCGCAUCAACCUGCACCGCCUCGUGGAGCCGCCGGCGGCGGCGCGCCGGCGCGCCGCGCCCGAGGCGCCGCCCGCGCUCGUCACCUUCUCGAAGUUUGGGCACGAGGACUCGCACACGUGCCUGAUCGGGCGCUCGCGGCACGUCAUGGACGACCACCUGGCGCUCGAGACGCAGCGCCUGCGGCAGCUGGCCGGCGACGUGCAUGCGCUCGAGUCGCUGCUCGCGUCGCCUGCGACGCAGGGCUCGCGGCGCGCACAGCACGAGGAGCGCCUCGAGCAGGUGCGUGCGGAGCAGGCGGCGAUCGCCGCGCACAUCGCGCGCCUCGACGAGCCGCGCACGGAGCUGCCGAGCCACGAGGGCGACCCGUCGGGCCCGGACCCGUCGCUCACCGCCGAGUGGGCCGCGUUCCACAACCAGGUGUGGGUGCACCACCCCGUCGCUGUGCUCACGAACGAGACGCGCGACGUGCUGCUGCGCUACUACGAGAGUCUCCUGCUGCACAUCAGCUUCAUGCAGCGGCUCAGCGUCGCAGAGCAGUACCAGAUGCGCGAGCUGCUCGAGCGCGCGCGCGCGCUCGCGGCGGCGGGCGCGGACGAGCCGGACGCGGCGGACACGAGCGCGCUGCUGCACGACCUGCUGGCCGGCGUCGCGCGCCUCUCGUCGCUCGCGCUCGGCGACGCGUUCCUCGAGGACUUUGGCGCGGAGUGCAGCGACGCGCACGCGCCGAGCGACGGCAUCGCGGACGAGUUCGCCGUCCGCAAGCACAGCGUGUGCGUGUGCGUGGAGCCCGAGCUCGUGCUGCACAGCCGCGCCGGGCCGCACUCGACGCUGCUCUUCCAUGCGGCGCAGCUGCGUGCGCGCACCUACACGGUGAGCGACGACAUGUACGACGAGCGCUCGACGCAGCACCGCGUGCUGUUCCGCCACUACCUGUCGCUCAAGGCGCUGCAGUCCUUCCACUCGGCGCGCACGCUCGCGGGCGCCGACGACGCGUGGUGCCUCGAUGUGCUGCGCCUGCCGCCGGGCGUGCUGCACGGCGAGCGCGAGCCGAGCGUGCGCCAGCUCGUGCGCCCGAUCCAUGUGUUUGUGCGCUUCGACCAGCACAACCGCCAGCGCCUGCACGACGCCGCGCGCCCGGUGCUCGACCCCGCGCGCGCGGACGACCUCUCGGUCAACUACCUCGCGCACCAGAUGGACAUGAUGCAGGUGCUGUGCCCGCGCCUCGCGCUCACGGCGACGAGCGAGCAGUACGCGGCGAUGUACCACGUCGCGACCGAUCUGCUGCUCUACACGGACCCGCUGCAGAAGGAGCACGAGCGGCGGCGCGACUCGCUCGCGUACAGCUUCACGUUCGACGACCCCGCGUACGUGGUCGGCCUCCUCGCGUCGUACCAGGCGCGCAUCCACGACCUGCUCAACGAGCGGCGCGCGUUCGAGGCGUCGUACGCGCAGCUCAACACGGCGGGCCUCACCGAGCUGCUCCGCGUGUCGCUGCAGGUGCUCGACCUGUACGCGGACCUGUGCAUGCUCGAGGAGGCCGUGCUCCUCUCGCACUCGUCGGCGCGCGACAAGUCCAAGCACCUCGCGCUGCUCGUCCGCGUGUUCGCCGACGCGGUCGAGUGGAACAUGGUCGGCACCGGGACGGACCCCCGCGACCCCCACGGGAUGCACGCGCGGUUCCAGCUGCAGGGCACGGCGCUCGCGCGCAUCGCGCUCGCGAACGGCACGUCCAUCCAGGGCGUGACGGCGCGGCGCAUCGAGGCCCACAAUGCGCACCCGUCCGCGUACUUCGAGGACAUCCUCACGCCGUACUACCCCGCGGACGGGCACCCGAUGAUCGACGAGGGGCGCUUCCUCCGCGCGCACUGGCUGCAGCUGCCGCCCGUCGGCGGCGUCGCGAUCAUGGACUGCUGCGAGCUGCAUCUGCACCCGUUCAAGGCGCAGCUCGAGCUCAAGGUCGGCAAGCAGAUCAUGGAGUACCUGUUCGGCACGCGCCGCGCGCAGGCCCGCGAGGAGGACGUCGUCGAGGACGCGCACAAGCGCCGCUGGCUCCGCCACAUCGUCGCCAUGUCGCGCCGCGCGCGCAACACGCUCGCGCCGCGCGAGGCGAGCGACUCGGACACCGACUCGGACGGCAGCCUUUCCGACUCGGGCAGCGAGACGAGCGAGCGCACGGUCGAGUCCGCGUCCGCGCCGGCGCCCGCCCUCUGGGACGUCGACGACGACGACGACGUCGAUACCGAGGCGCUCAAGAGCGAGAUGAUCCAGCGCGCAAGCACGUACGUCUCGUUCGUGCACAUGCUCGUGGACGCCGUCACCGUGUGCCUGUCGUACAAGGGCGACGGCGAGUACUCGCUCACGAACCUGUACGACCUCGAGUUCCAGCUCCCGCGCCUCGAGUACCGCCACACCCUCGGCACGUACAGCGACAUGACAGACUUGCUCCGCCGCGACCUGAUCCGCAUCGCGUGGAACCACCGCAACACCCUCAUCAAGGGCGUCAUCUCGACCAAUGCUCGCAAGCACCAGGCCCUCAAAAAGACGCGCCAGCACCGCCUCCUCAUGUACACGGACGAGGCGACGCUCUCGGAGGGGAGCGAGUCGACGUCCGCGCCGUCGUCCGCGUCCGCGCCGUCGUCCGCGACGCUCUCGCCCACCGGGCCCCGCCGCCUCCCGCCGCUCCCGCUCGACAUCCCCGCUGCGUCGCCCGGGAGCUCGCCGAAUCCGCCGCUCCCGCCGCGCUCGGCCGCCGCGUCGCCCGUGCCGCGCUCCGACGACAGGGCGCCCAGCGGCCGCCGACCGCCCCUCGCUGCGCGCCUGCAGGACGCCGUCGACGAGUCGGGCGCGGCGCGCCGGCCCGACACGCCCAGCGAGACGCAUGCGCCCCGCCGCUGGACGCGCCUGUUUCACAAAAGGGAUACAUAG